CCGCAGAUUUGGAUUUAGCAUAUUCCUAAUUUCUUUUAGCAAGAAAAUAAACAGAAGGAAGCACAAGAACAGAGGAGUUACAAAUAGUGUUAUUUGACACGUUUCAUGUUUUAUUCUCUUAUCAUAUUUAAUCACAUCACUCGUUAAUAUUGCUCUAUCUGCUAUCUGUGUUACUCUCACCAAGGUUUGUAGAAAACAUUAUUCUUUCCUCAACAAUCGAACACGUAAAGCAGGGUUGCCCUUUUUUUGAUUUUCAACUCUUUUCAUGGUUAUCCCUGCUCCGGCUUCUCUGUCACAUGAUCACACACUUAUUUGCUAGUCUCGAGGAACAUGAAAUGAUCAUAAUGUAUGUGCUUACACUCUAGAGAGAGAAGAGAAGGAUUUACUCACCUCUGCUGCAAAGCAACAGACACAAGCGUACAACAUAGUUUAUGUGUUAUUCUCAAAGCAAUUCCUUUCUUUCUUUGUUUUCUUUAUCUCAUGUCCUUGUGCAAGACAAGAAAUUGCUUCUGCUUUGCAGGCUUUAUUCACUAGCUUUCCAAACGAGGAAAGUGGGUUGAUUCCUGGGCCGACUCAUUUUUUCUUUCCAAGAAGCUAAUUCCAUGAUACUGAAAGAUCUAAUGGAAGAAAAACAGUUGAAUUUUAACCAGCCACUGUUAUCAGUGAGGCGUUUCUCAUCAACAGUGGCCAAUGAAGCAGACCGCAGAAGCAAAACUGAUUACAAAUUAGCCAGACUUCCACCUCCUCUUGCUUACCAUUCAGAGUUAAAGUCAGUUCCUGUGAGGAAUGCUGGAACUGUGCCUUUUGUAUGGGAGAAAGCCCCAGGAAAACCCAAAGAUGAAAGCAAGUUACAGACACAAGCUGCCGAGCAGCCUAUUGGGAGAGUAUCAGAAAUCAAGCAACAAUCAGUUACUGAGAUGAGAACCGGAAGCUCCGUUUUUUCCAACUCUCAAAGGGUUGCAUCUUUGGAUAAAAGAAUAGCAAAAUAUUCAAAAGAUGGAAAUAUGAAGAAGGAAAGUUCUUAUUCAGAUGAUGGAGAUGAAUCCUAUAAAGAUUGUCUCGACACACUUUCCAGGAGUGAGUCAUUCUUCACGAGCUGUAGUUUAUCUGGUUUGAGCGGUUGGGAGGAACAAGAGGCUCAAUCAUAUGGGAGUUUCUCAAGUGAUCAUCUACAAUCUCGUGAUUUCAUGAUUGAUAGGUUCUUCCCUGCAGCAACAUCUGAAGCACCACAUCAUGUGUCCAAGAAGGAACUUGUUGGACAAGAACAACAAAAACAGAAAAAGAGAGAAGCGAACGUAGAAGAAAGUAUUGACUGCAAUGAAUACGAAAAAUGCACAACUACUACUUGUGGGCUAUUUCCUCGGUUCUGUCUUUUGAAUCCAAUACCUGGAUUAACAAUGGAUAAGGUUCAAAGAAAAGCGGCUCAUCGAAUGCAUGCUAAAUCAGGUGCUUCUUACAUUGGAUCUACAAAAGGGCAAGUUAGAACUACCUGUGGGUUUAAAGCAAAAAAAGAGAUUUUGGAUACUCUAGUAAAAUCUAGACAUGGCACCGAUCCACAUCAAAGAGUUUGCAGAAAAAUAGCAUCCUCUGAGAGCAGUCAACAUGAUUAUGAAAGCCAUGUUCAUGAGAAAACAAUGUAUGUGGAUUCUGUAAAUAAGGUCACCUCUCAAACCAAUACCAGAGGGGGUGAUUAUGAGACUUCGAGAAGAGAUAAUAGCGUUUACAAUAAUCCUUCAAUAGAUUCAAGUUCUGAAAUGAUUGCAUUUAAGGAGAUGAGUUCAGAAAGUCAAUGUUACAGCAGGAGAAACAAUUCUAAUAGCCUCAAUCAAAAUUCAGAAGUUGAGUUGAAGAGCCAUUUAUCAGCCAAAUGGGUAGAUAAAGAAUGUUGUAUGGAUAGCUCAAAGGUAAGAUAUGAUGGGAAGAAUGCCUUAGAGAGACAACGUUUUACAGAGUCGGGCCACCAAGAAACAUCUGGUGCAAGCUGUUUUGGACUUCCUUUGGUCCUACCUUCACUAAAAGCUCCAUCAGAGUCUUGGCUUAAGCGCACUUUACCUACCAUUUCCAAAAAGAACGUGACUUCACGGUCAAGCUUUAUUGCAAACCUUCAUGCACAAUGUCACUCUCCAGACAACAUCAUUUUACCUUAAGUGGGAAACGAUUGUUAAAUCUGACAAUGUACAUCAUCGUCAUCUGCAGCUUCCUGAGGAAAUACAAACACCCAUAUCAGAAGCUUGUACUUUAUGGACAGAGGGCCUUUGAUAAUUUGACAUGUAUACAAGAAUUUUGUUGAUGUACAUCAGUUUUCUAAGUUCCUAUCCUCUGGUUGGGGUCCCCUUCUGCUUUUAUACCCAUGAUGAGUGUAUAUAACUGACUUUGUAAAUCACUAUUGUCUUUUGUAUCGUUUAAAUAAUGUAAGAUUA